AUGAAACGAAAAUCAACGUCAUCACAGAGGCCAACCCUCGAUGGCAAACAUAAGGAAAAGAUCUCCCAGGGACAGAAACGAGCACAUGCUGAGAGAUUAGAAGCUUCAAGGCAAACAAAUCAAGCAACCUUCAUGAACUCAUUGUAUGCCAAUGUUCGACGGCAGCAAGCUGAAGCUAAUGCAGCUGAACAUUCUGAGCAGAAUCCGGAUGGUGAAGGAGAAGAUGAAAGGAAUGCUAGCAUACCAAUCAUUGACCAGCCUCCUGAGCUAAUUGAACGACAUGAGGGUAUGCCUAUAGUUCCAAAUCUUGAUAUCCUUGACGAUGAAGAGUUUGUGGACGAAGAUCUCACUGAGGAAGAACCUGAGCUGACGAUCAUGCACAGAUAUCUCCAAGCAAUCCAAAAACGGCUGCAGUAUGAGACUUCCCCCAAGUUUCCAGCAUUGGAAAACAAAUGGCUCAACGAAUUUCUGGGGGAAAAUGACUGGUGGAUCCAUCGGCAUCAGUACCGCUCUAUCUGUAGAUUACUGCAAAUCCAGUACAAAGAGGAAGAAAACGAGGCUGCAUACUUUAGAAAGGUUUAUGUUUGGUUGCCUGAUGUUAGAUGGGGUCCAUCUUGCAUGCCGACUUGUGCUAAAUGUGGCUCCAAUACCACUGUCAGGAAUAAUGGCUUCCGCGACAACCAUUUUGGGCGCAGAGUAGUCGCACUUGAUCAUGACUACUACUGUAUUUCAAGGCGGUAUCGGUGUAAUAAUUGUGAGCAGAAGGCAAGAGAGGCAAAGAUAGCUAUUCAACAAAGUGCUGCCGCGAACAAUAUUGCGAUCCAAUUCACCGAAGAGACGGACAGUGGACAGCAGUAUUCAUUCAUGGCAUGGAACAGAAAAACACUUGAGCUGUAUCCACAUGGUAUCGGGCAAGAAUUCCCCGCAUUUUUGACCCAUAGGUCUGGAGUGGAUCGCCUCCUUCUGGACAUGAUGCGCCCACUUUUUGACAAAGGCUUACGACCUGGGGCAUUUGCAGACACCAUUCUGGAACUGCAUGCAAAGCGGUACCAUCAGGAAUGUCUAAAACAUGAACUUGAACUAGCAAAGACAGCCAAUCGCUAUCACAGACCUAUGCUUUCAGCAUUUGGAGACACAUCAAAGUACAACGGAUUGGUCCCAACUGGUUCCUAUCUCAUGUAUGUGUACAAGUUGUUUCACAGCACCAUCAAGGACUUCCUAGACACUGAAGUAAAGAAAAGGGGCGCCAAAAUGAUUUGUGUUGAUGCCAGUUACAAGGAGCCAAAGCAUCUUUGUCAGUAUCAUGGCCAGAAUCUGUUUAAGGGCCUGAUCACUGUCACAAACGAAAUUGGGGAAAUACGAUUGCAAUUCCACGUGGUCACAGAUGACCACGAACAAUUUCGACCAUCGUUGAUUGCGUUUUUGGAAACAGUGAAAGCAUACGGCCAAAAUCCGUUGGAGCUUGUCUUCACAGACAAUGUCCAGGCCGAUAGGCAAUUUUACUUGGACACGUUUCCUUCUUUGGCUGAAGCCCAAGCUCGUCUUGAUAGAAUUGUGACCGGCGGCAACGAAGAAAGCGGUGAUGAACAAGACAACACUUGCACAGUCGACGAUGACCAAUUUUUUGUAAUUUCAGAAAGAGGUGAGAUGAACAGAUUUGUCACAGCACUUGACGAAAUCAUGCAAGACAAAUCCGCAGAGGAUCAAGUGGUCGGGCUUGAUGCAGAAUGGAAUGUCAAUAUAGCCAGCUAUGGAAUGCCAAAGAAAAUUGGAAAACUUGCACUACUAAUUCUGGCCUACAAAGACAGUGACGGGCGUCACAAGGCUGCUCUAUUGAGACUGCAUAAGUUCCCUUCACUUCCGCAUCGCUUGCUUGCUUUCUUGGUCGGGGGAACAAAGUUUGUCGGGAAUUAUGUAGGUGGUGACAUUAAACGGCUCGGACGUGACUAUCACUGUGAGGAUGAGAUGAAGAAAGUUUCAGUAGUCAACAACGGAUUGGUCCCAACUGGUUCCUAUCUCAUGUAUGUGUACAAGUUGUUUCACAGCACCAUCAAGGACUUCCUAGACACUGAAGUAAAGAAAAGGGGCGCCAAAAUGAUUUGUGUUGAUGCCAGUUACAAGGAGCCAAAGCAUCUUUGUCAGUAUCAUGGCCAGAAUCUGUUUAAGGGCCUGAUCACUGUCACAAACGAAAUUGGGGAAAUACGAUUGCAAUUCCACGUGGUCACAGAUGACCACGAACAAUUUCGACCAUCGUUGAUUGCGUUUUUGGAAACAGUGAAAGCAUACGGCCAAAAUCCGUUGGAGCUUGUCUUCACAGACAAUGUCCAGGCCGAUAGGCAAUUUUACUUGGACACGUUUCCUUCUUUGGCUGAAGCCCAAGCUCGUCUUGAUAGAAUUGUGACCGGCGGCAACGAAGAAAGCGGUGAUGAACAAGACAACACUUGCACAGUCGACGAUGACCAAUUUUUUGUAAUUUCAGAAAGAGGUGAGAUGAACAGAUUUGUCACAGCACUUGACGAAAUCAUGCAAGACAAAUCCGCAGAGGAUCAAGUGGUCGGGCUUGAUGCAGAAUGGAAUGUCAAUAUAGCCAGCUAUGGAAUGCCAAAGAAAAUUGGAAAACUUGCACUACUAAUUCUGGCCUACAAAGACAGUGACGGGCGUCACAAGGCUGCUCUAUUGAGACUGCAUAAGUUCCCUUCACUUCCGCAUCGCUUGCUUGCUUUCUUGGUCGGGGGAACAAAGUUUGUCGGGAAUUAUGUAGGUGGUGACAUUAAACGGCUCGGACGUGACUAUCACUGUGAGGAUGAGAUGAAGAAAGUUUCAGUAGUCAACAACGGAUUGGUCCCAACUGGUUCCUAUCUCAUGUAUGUGUACAAGUUGUUUCACAGCACCAUCAAGGACUUCCUAGACACUGAAGUAAAGAAAAGGGGCGCCAAAAUGAUUUGUGUUGAUGCCAGUUACAAGGAGCCAAAGCAUCUUUGUCAGUAUCAUGGCCAGAAUCUGUUUAAGGGCCUGAUCACUGUCACAAACGAAAUUGGGGAAAUACGAUUGCAAUUCCACGUGGUCACAGAUGACCACGAACAAUUUCGACCAUCGUUGAUUGCGUUUUUGGAAACAGUGAAAGCAUACGGCCAAAAUCCGUUGGAGCUUGUCUUCACAGACAAUGUCCAGGCCGAUAGGCAAUUUUACUUGGACACGUUUCCUUCUUUGGCUGAAGCCCAAGCUCGUCUUGAUAGAAUUGUGACCGGCGGCAACGAAGAAAGCGGUGAUGAACAAGACAACACUUGCACAGUCGACGAUGACCAAUUUUUUGUAAUUUCAGAAAGAGGUGAGAUGAACAGAUUUGUCACAGCACUUGACGAAAUCAUGCAAGACAAAUCCGCAGAGGAUCAAGUGGUCGGGCUUGAUGCAGAAUGGAAUGUCAAUAUAGCCAGCUAUGGAAUGCCAAAGAAAAUUGGAAAACUUGCACUACUAAUUCUGGCCUACAAAGACAGUGACGGGCGUCACAAGGCUGCUCUAUUGAGACUGCAUAAGUUCCCUUCACUUCCGCAUCGCUUGCUUGCUUUCUUGGUCGGGGGAACAAAGUUUGUCGGGAAUUAUGUAGGUGGUGACAUUAAACGGCUCGGACGUGACUAUCACUGUGAGGAUGAGAUGAAGAAAGUUUCAGUAGUCAACUUGGGACGUUAUGCAAGAGAUAGGGAUGUUGUACAGAGUGGUACAGUCAGAUUGGAUGCUCUUGUUCAGAUUUGUUUGGGCGAAACCAUGCAAAAACAAGCCAGUGUUCGUGUCUCAAGUAAAUGGGAACAGCCCUCAUUAUCGCAGGAUCAAAAGAAGUACGCAGCACUGGAUGGGAUCAAGUCACUGGAGGUGUACCUUUACCUUCGGCAGAAACCAGACCUAUCAGUUCGGCUAUCAGUUGAGGAAGCAAGAGCUGGCCUUUGUAUUGACGUUGCUCCACUUCGUGGAGGAGCCCUCAGCAUGGUUGCGACUAGGUGCGCAACUGGCACAUUGACAGAACAAACUUAUGAUGAAUGGGAAGUGCCAAGUGAUAUGAGACUUGACACUGGACAGAUCAAUAAACGACGAUACCGCGUUGUGAAUGUAUGUUCUGUGGUCGCACCACAUUAUAUUGUACCAUAUGUGAAGAAGAAAGAAAGUGGAGGGCCUGUUUGUCUUGACGACUUUGGGGCUCCACCAUUCUUUGUCAUUCUACCUUUGACCAUGUUGAAGCAGCACAUAGAAUCAGAUACAAUUCGCCCUUUCCCAAAUAUGAACCCAAAUGUGAAUAACAUGACCGGAGCAACCGGAGGAGCAAUUCCACCGGCACCAAUAGUGCCGCCAGCACCGCCAGCACCUCCGCGGAUUAUGCAAAACCAAUUGUUCGAUCAGAACGAGACUUUCACGGAGGAGGAUACUGGACAAAUAGGAACAAUGGACCAAUUGGACGGUGAUGCUGAAACUGCAGCUGUCAAUCUAUCCAACAAAGAUGUGGAAAUGCUACACAAGGUGUGCCUCCUUGGAGACAAAGCAGCUUUGGGAAAUGACUUGUUGGCGUGUGCACAUCUUGACAACGCUCCAGACAAAAUCACUGACUGUUUUUCGGCUGUUGUUGGUGAUGUCUUUCAUUUAAUGGAUCGAAUGAAAAUUCCCACUCACCAUGAGUUCAAAAAGGCUUUCAAGGUCGCAUUACGAGACAGUGUUUUGCAAUGGAGCCCUCCUGAGCUGGAAGAGGUGAAGACCGCAGUGAAGGCAAAAGAUGGAAAGACUGACGAUGAAAUUGAUGCUGACAUGUAUUUCAAUGCAGCCUUCUGGAAGGCAUGCGUCCCGAGAAGGGUCCUACCUCCUCGGUUGCUAUAUUGGAGGGUCCGAGCUGUAUUUGUUUCGUUUGGAGGUAUGAUUGACUCGACAAGCAAGAAACCGCUUUUCAACAAGACAGCAUGGAAGAAAGCCAACAAUAUUUUGAAAGAAAUCUUGCGCGGGUAUUAUUCUGAUCCUCCAGGAUAUUCGUUUUAUUCUACAAAGUUCAACAAGAGAGGAGAGCCAAUGGUCAAUGCCUACGGUUUUGAUAUUCUUUCUUGCAGACGUGGGACCAAUGACGUGGAAUCGACUCACAAGUUACUUUUGUCAAUAUUUGGCACUUGGCAUAUUGGGCUUCAGAUGUCGGAUUGUUUGCUCAGAGAGAGAAGGCAUCGUCAUAAUCAAAGAUGUUCAGAGAAACGCCGGUUGGGCCAUCCUUGCAUAGGGCAUUAUGACACUUGGCUGAUUGACGCUCUACAGAUUCUGGUACAGGUCAAUCAUGGGAUCUUGCUCCAUCCAAAUUGGAUCAAUUCAAGCGACUUCAAGAACACGCAAGAAAAGUUUGGGACGAUUACACUGCAUGAUGCUGAGUUGGCGGAAGCACUUGCAAAAGUUCAGAUUGACGAAAGUGUGCGGCUGACUCAUGAUAUGCAGUAUUUGUGUUCUGUGAUGGGAACAAAGCUUCCGUUGUUACCUGUUCACACUAUUGACGAGCGCAGGCACUUCUCAAAUCUUGUUGUACAGCUUCAAAACGGCCAGGAUAAAUCUUGCAAGAAGAUGGCACUGGAAUGGACAAAAGCGGUGAACGGUGUUACCAUUUUUCCAAAGCUGCCGGUACAUCUUCGAAAUUAUCGCGACAAGUUUGAGCGGAAUGCAAAAGUACGUCAAGCUUUCAAAGAUGCUCAAGAGUCAAGGGAAAUUCUAUCUACCUUGAACAAGGCUCUUUGCCCAGAAAUCGAAGCAGAUGAAGGGAUUGAUGCAGAAGACACGCCACAGCAGUUGGACAAUUAUACUAGGCAAUGGCCUGCAAUAUGUGCACCACCACAACUGCUGCUUCCAUUGGCUCCAUCUGCUGUCGAGCCGGGAAAUAUUCAUGUGGGUGGCGUUCUCAUCAACAAGGCGCCGGAUAUUGCACCAUUAGAUCGUAUUAAGAAGAGAGGAAGAGGUCAGAGAGGGCCGGAUAAUCCUAGAAAGGGUGCCAGGCCCAAGCGCAGAUGCAUGUUGUGCAAGGGAAAAGGUGAGACUGAUGAUGCUGCCCGAAAUUGUCCAGGUAGCAGACAUCGAGAAGACUGCAAACACCUACAAAGAUAA